AUAGGAGGGAGCUGUGGUCUAUUUAAAGAGGGUCAUCCAGCCACGGAUGAAAUAGCAGAAGAUCCAGAGCAGUAGCUGAGAGCCAAAUGCUCCUCACUGAGUUCCGUAUUUCCUCCGUCUGCGGCUUUUCAUUGUUCAAUACUUCGCUUUGACAACCAUCCGCCUGAAAGAGCGGGGCCAGAGCUCCCACUGAGGGGCUUUUUCUUUCUAUUUGCAUUUUUUAGAAUUAAUCCUAAUUUUUGACACACUAAAAAUGGGUAGAGACUACUACAAGACACUGGGGAUCUCAAAAGGAGCGACAGAGGAGGACAUAAAGAAAGCUUACAGAAAACAGGCGCUGAAAUGGCAUCCUGACAAAAACAAGUCCGCAGCCGCCGAGGAGAAAUUUAAGGAGAUCGCUGAGGCUUAUGAAGUCCUGAGCGAUCCGAAGAAAAGAGAGAUUUAUGAUCAGUAUGGAGAAGAAGGUCUGAAGGGAGGAAAUGGACCUGCUCCUGAUGGUCAAGGUACCAACUUCACCUAUACCUUCCAUGGAGACCCUCAUGCCACCUUUGCCACUUUCUUCGGCGGUUCCAACCCCUUUGAGAUGUUCUUUGGCCGCAAGGCGAAUGGCAGAGAUGAUGAAGACAUGGAAGUAGACGGAAACGACCCUUUUGGCUCCUUCACCACCUUCAAUCUGAACGGCUUUCCUCGGGAAGGGCACGGAGGGCAGCAACGCCGGAAACAGGACCCGCCUAUCAUUCAUGAACUGAGGGUCACCCUGGAGGAGGUCUUCCAGGGCUGCACCAAGAAAAUGAAAAUCUCACGCAAAAGGUUAAAUCCAGAUGGCAGGACCAUGCGGACGGAGGAUAAGAUUCUCACUAUUGAGAUCAAGCGGGGAUGGAAAGAGGGAACCAAGAUCACUUUCCCAAAGGAGGGAGACGAGUCGCCCAACACCAUUCCUGCCGAUAUUGUCUUCGUCAUCAAGGAUAAACCCCAUCCUCACUUCAGGAGAGAAGGAUCCAACAUUGUGUAUCCGGUUCGUGUGAGCUUAAGACAGUCUUUGUGCGGAUGCUCCGUCACUGUGUCCUCCAUAGACGGGAAGACGUCUCACAUGAAGAUCACCGAUGUCAUCAAGCCCGGCAUGAGGAAAAUCGUGUCUGGACAGGGCCUCCCGUUACCCAAAAACCCCGACCAGAGAGGAGAUCUGGUGGUAGAGUUUGAUGUGAACUUUCCGGACACGUUGCCCGGGAACGCCAAGGACGUGCUGAAGCGGCACUUACCCACAUAGGACAAGAAGACGAGGACUGAGCAAGCGGUCACUUCAGUCGAGAGACACUUUUCCCACAAGGACAGUUCCGACAGUGCACAGAUGGACCCCCAGCCGAUGAAAGUGCGGCCUCUAUUUUUGAGCUAUUUGUUGUUUUCAUAGAUAUCGUGCAUGCUGCCAAGCUGAUACAAGUGCAAGUGAGAGACUGCUUGAGCUCUGACUGUUAUGUGAAUCUGCACACUUUAUGUAAGUGGCCCUUUGGUUGGAAAUAGCUGCCAGAAAUCCCUGUGAUGCCGGGAAAACUUUUGUACUGAACAGAACGUUUUGAUUUUCUCCUGGAAUUCAUUAGAGACAAUCUUCAGAUUUGAUUCUCUUUUAUUGUGGAUUUUAAACCAGAGGCUCUCAUGCUAGUUGUGGUGCAAGUUACUUAGUUCAGUUUUAGAUAUUGUUUGACACAUUUUGGACCUUUUACAUGCAAGACUUGAAUUUCAAAAGCUUAAUCUAAAGAAUAAGCUGUGUAUUGGUUAUGAUCGCUUCACAACUUGCUGCCUAGGAAUAUCUGUAGUCUGUGUAGCAGUAUUGCAAAAAAGGCUUCUUUGCAGCCCUUGGAAAUGAAAUCUCUACAUUGAAUCUAAUGAGAAAAUGGAAUCUAUAUGUAAACUAAUCUAUAUUUUGAUAGUAAAAUGUGAAUUUUCUGAUGUUGUAAAACACACGGUUAACUUUUUUGAUGUGCAAAGAUGAAAAUUAAAUAUAUCUUGGCUGAA